UGACGGUAAGUUCGUUACAGCUUGCGUUUUUUUUUGUAUAUUUGUGAUUGGUCAACCAUAUAUCACAUCUCGAAUGCUAUUGGCCCGAAUCGUUUUUGUAAGCAUAGAAAACGUAUACUGUCGGCCAUCGCAAGAGGGCGCAAUGAAGCGUCGGCCGACGCUGUUUUUUUUCCUCAUAAAAUAUUUGAUUCUUGCCGUAAUUUGUUCCGUUUUGCGUGAGUAGUGCAAAAGGUAUCAUUUUAGAAAAAAAUAAUUAAUUUGACAUUGUUUUGGUAAAUCCUCUAAGAUGACUUCCAUAGAGGAUGGAGAGACGCACGCGUCUGAUGACGUACCAGCGGGAAAUCCGGAUGAAUUAGCCAAAAACCCUAGUGCAUUGAAAGAGGCUCAUGAGCAGAUGGCAACCUUAGAUGUGCUUGUGUGUGGCCAGUGUCACUCUGCAUUCCACUUUAUUGAAGAAUUCAAUGACCACAAGGCAGCCAAUAAUUGUUCUUCAAAAUCGCCAGUAAGAGAUAGUAAUGAAAGCAAAGCCCAGGUAUGGGCAUUCCUCCUAUGGAAGUGUUCAUCAGCACGGGACGGGACCAACGUCAGCUCCGACAACAGUUGGAAGCUAUACCAGCAGUGGUGCCGCAUGCCGGAGUCCCAGAGGACCGCCUGGAUCACAGCUGGCUCCAAUGUGCAAGCUUUAUCCAAAUUUGCUCAUGCUAAGGUUAUGGAAUUGAAGACUGAUGACCAGCUGGUGCCUGUACAAACCGUAACACAAGUAACAGAGGUCAAGAAACGCGGACGACCAAGAAAGGUCCUCAAGGAGGAUUCCGAGACUCAGCCCUCGGGUGAAGAAAGCGAUGGUAUGGUUAGAGCUAGUCCUGCCCAGAAGAAAGUAUUCAACAAAACGCCACUUAGUGCGAUAAAAGCCAAGGAAUUAGUGGACAAGGAGUCCGUCCGUAACGCCCAGGAGCGUGUGCCGCCGGAAGAGCGCAUCGCGCGCCGCACAGAGCGCGAGGGCGACCCCGCCGACGCCGGCGAAUAUGUGGUGGAGAAGAUCCUCGCCAAGAGGUUCAACCCCAGAAGAAAACAGUACGAGUACCUGCUCAAGUGGGAGGGAUAUCCGCAUGAGCAGAACACAUGGGAGCCGAUAGAGAACAUGGAGACCUGCAAGCAUCUUCUAGAAGCAUUCGAGAAGCAGCUGGCGCGGCAGAAGGAGCUCAAGGCCAUGCGCGCGCAGCAACAGCAACAGCAUCCUGUGCAGGUAAAACAAAUCAGCACACCACUUCCACAAAUAGUGAAACAAAUGGUUAAGAAAACGGAAAGUCCCGCUUUGACUCCUACUGGACGCCUACAGCGGUCUUCUAAAGUGCGCGCUCUCGACCAAGUGAAAGCGUGGUGCGGCGCCGAAGACGAGCCAGCCGCCAAGCGCGUCAAGAAAGAGGCCUCCAGCGAAGACGAGGAUUACUCCGAUGGGGACGCUAAAGUUGACGAUCGGAUACUAAACGGACAGUCGUCUCCAAAAGGUAACGUGGACCCGGAGCUGGUCAAGUCGCUGGGGCUCGGCGGCAAGGGUAUGCCGAAUAUCAAGGGCGUCAUCAAAGUCGAUCCCAAGCACAUGCCCAAUCUUACCACUGGUGUCUACAUUAUGUCUAAGAGCUCAGGUAUAAUGAAGAUUGACUCACCCGGCAAGCUAGGCCCGGGUCUGAAUAUAGACCAAGAUGUUAUUAGGAAACAGAUCUUAGCUGCCAAACAGAAAAAACAAGAAGAAAAGAAGGCAACACCCACUCAGGUAAAGAAGACAAUCGGCUCUGGCGGCCAGCAGGUGACAGAGAAGACCAUCAUCACACCAUCCGGACAAAAGAUUAUCCAGCGCACGAUACACCGGCCCGUCGGACAAUCGCCCGAGGGCAAGUCUCCGGUCACCAUACUCAACAAGAAACUUGCACAGGGCGACAGCCUGCUGCGGCGCGGCGCGGGGCGCGGGCGCGGGCGCGGCGGCAUGCAGGUGGCCACGGCGGCCGGCAACAUCGUGCGCAUCCGCGACAAGUCGCAAGUGCUGCCCUUCGACUUCGACCAGUCGGACGCGUCGUCGGACACGUCGGACGGCAUCACGGACCCGUUCCCCCGCGAGCCGGGCCCGCUGCCGCCGCCGUCCCCGGAGCGCGAGCUCACGCUGUGCCCGCUCUCCGGCCGCCGCCUGGCGCGCGCCGAGGGCGAGCCCACGCCGCCGCCCACGCCCAGCCCGCCGCCCACGCCGCCCACGCCCCCGCCACAGACCAUACCCCAGCAGAUGCUCAUGAAGGUGGAGAUGUCCCCAGGAGGCACGACCGGCAUGUUAGUCCAAGGCGAUGGAACGCAGCAAUCUUUGCCAGUAUUGACAGACGACGACGGCACGGAGGUAAAAAUGGAAGCACAUGCAGUGAAGCAACUAUUAGAGGACGGCGGAGAGGGCGAGGGUGAGGAGGUGGGGCUGCUACAAGCCGGCCACCCCCCCAUCAUGAUCCGCGGGGAAGACGGCGUGCUCUACCAGGUGGCGGGCGAGAACGAAGCUGGGCAGACUCUACUAGUGGCCGCCGAGGGCAUGGAGGGCGCCGUGGAGGGGGUCGAGGGCGGCGCCGACGGCGACGGCGUCAUGUACGUCACGCGCGAGGACGGACAGGACGUGCUCGCGAUCGAUCCAUCCCAGCUGGCGCAGCUGAUGCCGGGCGGCGAGGCGCCGGCGCUGCAGCAGGUGGCCGUGCAGGUGGAGGGCGAGCCCGGCGAGGACGCCACGCAGGUCAUCGCGCAGCUAGUGCAGGCCGACCUGCCCUCGCCAGGCGGCACGCGGCGCGUAGUCCUACUCCUGCCGGACGGAAGCUUCACGAUGACGGAGCUGGACAAAGAACAGUACGAGUCCAUCACAGAGGCCGGCAAGGCGCAGGAGUGAGCCCCCGCGCCCUGACACUGACUGGCAUACAUCGUAUCAUUCACACUUAAACCUCUGAUGCCGACCGCCAUACAUUGGUAGUCGCCGAA